UGGAGCACAACAAAAAAAAAGAAUAUUAUUCUUAAAGCGACAUCAUGUCCGCCAUUGAAGAAAGCUUGACUAGGAAAAUUGAAUUUAAAAAUCUAUUUAAUAUCGAUUUGACCAAUAGCUGCCGGAUCUGCAAAUGUGAGGCAAACAAGGAAAAUGGAAUCAAAUUGCGGCCACUUUUCAAUGGACGGCGCCUGACACGCAUCAUAGCCAAUACCGUACACAUUGAGAUAAAAGAUAUACCGGGCUUGCCGCGUUUUCUGUGCGACAAGUGCUUGAACACAAUGAUAACGUUUUCCACAUUCCAGUUGGACUUCCGUCGAUCCGAGGAAGAUUUCAAUAUGGUUAUCGAGGCACGCGAAAAUUAUGAAAUGAAUGCGUUGCACGCAUUUGCCGCCGCCAUUGAAAUCGAAAAGAGGCAAGAAAAUGAUCAGAAUGCGGCUGCAGCUGUUAACAAUUUGUUAAAGGAGGCCAAAAAAACUAAAAAAUCGAAACCCAAGCUUCAAUAUUAGAUUUUGAUUUUAUUUUACACAAAAAAAAAACACUUUUAAUA